AUGGCAUCAUCCAAGCAAAUCUUUAUCGCCAUCAUUGGCGCUGGCGGGGUUGGAAAGAGCUUCCUCUCCCAGCUUGAUGCAUUGGCCAGUCGACGACCCUCUCCGAAGCUGAACCUGGUCUACAUCUCGACUAGCAAGAAGGCCCUGUACGACGCCAGCUACUCCCCAAUUCCCAUCGCCGGCGCCAUCGAGAAGCUUGCCGCCGUCUCGCAAGCCCCCCCUGCUCUGCCGCAGCUCGCCGACUACCUUGCCGCCGCCCCCGCCAAGGUCGUCCUUGUUGACAACACGAGCUCCCAGGACGUUGCCGACGCCUACCCCGAUUUCCUCGGCCGUGGCAUCAGCGUCGUGACCCCCAACAAGAAGGCAUUCUCUGGCUCCUACCGUCUGUGGCAGGACAUCUUCGCCGCUGCCGAAAACUCCGGCGCUAAGGUUUACCAUGAGUCUUCCGUCGGCGCGGGUCUGCCCGUCAUCUCAACUCUCAAGGACCUCGUCGACACGGGCGACCGUGUGACCAAGAUCGAGGGUGUCUUUAGCGGCACAAUGUCCUUCCUCUUCAACUCAUUUGCUCCGACAUCGGGCUCGGGCGGCAAAUGGUCUGCAGAAGUGACCAAAGCCAAGGAGCUGGGCUACACGGAGCCCGACCCGAGAGAUGAUCUCAAUGGUCUCGAUGUCGCUCGUAAGCUGACCAUUCUCGCGAGACUAGCAGGACUACCUAUCGAGUCGCCCACAUCCUUCCCCGUUCAGAGCUUGAUCCCGAAGGAGCUCGAGUCCUGCACGAGCGGGGAUCAGUUUCUGCAGAAACUGCCAGAGUUUGACAUUCAGAUGGAGGAGACCAAGAAGGCUGCUGAGAAGCAAGGCAAGGUGGUCCGCUUUGUUGGCAGCAUUGACGUCGCCAGCAAACAGGUCAAGGUUGGUCUGGAGCAGUUCGACGCAUCUCAUCCCAUCGCUGCUCUCAAGGGCAGCGACAACAUCAUCAGCUUCUAUACGGAGCGGUACGGCAGCAAUCCCCUCAUCAUUCAGGGCGCCGGCGCUGGUGGCGACGUCACGGCCAUGGGUGUGACAAGCGACUUGAUCAAAGUGUUGGGCCAGAUUGUAUGA